AUGAAAGUACCAAUAGGGUUUGUAGCCAAGCUAUGGAGUUUCAUCUCCUUUCUCCCCUUUUUCUUGCUACUACUAUCUCUUGGCAUACUUAAAGGGGUGAUUAUUGGGCCGGUUGUUGUGGUGAUAAUGGUGGUUGGGAAUUCAUCGGUCGCCAUUGGACUAUGGCUAGCCCAUGUCUUUUGGACUUACUAUUGUGUUGUCAAGACGAAAAGGCUUGGAUGGGUGUUAAAGAUGCUCAUAGUUUUACUCUUGCCUCUGCCUAUGGUGCUAUGGCCCGUUAUCGUCAUCACUGGUAGCCUCCUCGGUGGUAUAGGAUUUGGGUUUUUUGCUCCUUUGAUCGCAACCUUUGAAGUUGUAGGCACCACUCACAAAGACAAGUGCUUCCAUUGCUUCGUUGAUGGUUGCUAUUCUACGCUUGAAGGAAGUUGUAUUGUGGUUCGAGAUUUUACAGAUAUUUGCUUCCAUUCUUACUUCUCGUUCAUGGAUGAUCUCAGUGAAGAAAUGCCCUCUGACGAGAAGCCAGUUGACAUCAGAUUAUCAAAGUUACCGAAGUGUUUGUUGGUCAUUCCAAUUGCCGUUGCUGUCGAUGUGCCUUUGAUAACCGCUGUGGCUGUAUGCAAGAGUCCAUACAUGUUGAUUAUAGGGUGGAAGAGGCUAUUAGAAGACUUGAUUGGAAGAGAAGGCCCAUUUCUUGAAACUGUUUGUGUGCCUUUUGCCGGGCUCGCUAUCGUUUUAUGGCCUUUGGCGGUUGUUGGAGCAGUGAUUGCCUCAUUUAUCUCCAGUUUUGCUCUUUCUCUAUACAGUGCCAUGAUCGUCCAUCAGGAAGAUUCAGUUAAGUUUGGACUUGCAUAUGUCGUGGCUAUCAUUUCAUUGUUCGAUGAAUACACUAAUGACUUACUUUAUUUAAGGGAGGGAUCCUGCUUUCCAAGACCGAGAUACCGUGAGCAUAUGAAAACUUCUACUGGGCCAGAGAGAAGGAAUUCAAUUGGUAAUGAUGUCAAGAACGAAAAGGAAAGCUUCAGAGGUUCUAUGUUGGUUUCACAGCGUUCUAAAACCUUAAAGCAGGCACUCCAACAGUACACACCUGUACAGGUGUGGGAUUGGCUGUUCAAAUCAUGUGAGGUGAAUGGGAGGAUACUUCUUCGUGAUGGCUUGAUAGAUGUUAAAGACAUCGAAGAGUGUAUUAUGAAAGGAAAUUGCAAGAAGUUGGGAAUUAAGUUACCAGCAUGGUCCAUAUUGCAGUGCCUUCUUGCUUCGGCAAAAUCAGAAUCUUCCGGUUUAAUAAUCUCGGACGAGGUGGAACUAACAAGAACCAACUUUCCAAGGGAUAAAAUUUUUGAGUGGUUCAUUGGGCCGCUCUUGAUCAUGAAGGAGCAAAUUAAAGGGCUUAAAUUGAGCAUAGAUGAAGAGAUCUGCCUGCAGAAACUCGUUAUGAGAUACAAGAACGAGAAACCUGAAGACUGGGAUGACUCUGGAUUUCCAUCUAGUGAUCAUCUCAGACGUGCACAAAUACAAGCCAUCAUACGAAGGUUGCAGGGGAUAGUAGGUUCCAUGUCUAGGAUGCCAACAUUCAGGAGGAAGUUCAAGAAUUUGGUGAAAGUUUUGUAUCUUGAGGCACUUCAAGCCGGAAUUAUAGCUACCCAAGAUGAGGGAGGUUCUAAAGAUAAGCUUCGCAGUCAAGGUUCAGUCGGAAAAAUUGACAAGAAAUGUAAAGCGGUGAAAGCUUCAGAUAAGUUGCACAAUACUCAGGUUUCUGAGGAUGUGGUAUGAUUUGUGUUCAGUUUUCAAGGUUUGUUGCUUCUAAGUAAUUGAUGAUCGGCAUUUGAUGUUACGUGCAUAUGUACAAGAGUGGUGAUAGAAUGUUUUUAGCGAAUAUGGUAAUUCAAGUAAACACUGGUGAAACUAAGUUAAUUCAGUUUCCCGUUUAGCACUAGGAGAUUCAAAGCAUUUGAGGUGAGCUUAAACAUAGUAGUGCCAGGAUUAAUAUGUGUCUUCUGUGCACGCAAGAGCUCUUGUGGAAGGGUAAUUGGCUAAUACACUUGUCGUUUUUUUGUGCCAUGUAUUGUAUCUGAUUCGCCUGUCACAUUUGUGUGAA